AUGGUAACUAUCCAAGGCAGGCAGCAUAUCUCCCUCCAUCUCCGAGCUGGCGCGUCUUCCAUCCAUCCUGUACUUCCUUCCUUCAUCCUGUUUCUUGUUCGUUACCGGUCCGAACAGUCGCAGUCAAAAAGUUCCAGUCUGCUACACCCCGCCGCCGUCACCGCUGCCGCCUCCGCCGCCGCCUCCGUCCGGCAACCUCUCACAGUCUCGCUCUCCUCACACACAUUCGCCGACGCACAUAACAAUAAGAGCGGCCCAAUCCCGCCGCCGUAUUCUCGCUUGACCCUGUCUUUUCUGGAAACCCUGGCUCUUGGCUCCCCUCCCCCUCCAUCGUCACCCCUCCAUCGACCCUCCCGCGCUGCUUGUGGUGCUUGGGCAAUAACAACGGACGGCAGCCGCUCGCAUCCUGAACCGCGCAGCCAACUCCCGCGAGAGAUUCCAGCGGAGGGCAGCAGUGGCAUUCGCUUCACUGGUUCAAGGUUCUCAGGCCUGCUCAUCCGCCCGACUCUAGCAAAGUGUUCGCACCAAGGGACCCCCCAAGUGAAAGUCCCCAUCUUCCCAACCAAAAUUGCACUAGAGAUCAGUUCCAGAUUCGCCCUUUCCCUCUUUGAGAUACCAAGAGGGGACCACCUCCUCCACCACCACCACCACCACCACCACUACCACCACCAUCACCCCUCCUGCUCCUUCUCUCUUUCUCUCUUUUGGUCCUGCCGCCCUGGUCUUCACCUCGAGUCGUCCCUACCGACGGCCGAGAAGGCACGAGAGCCUACCCAUCAGAGCAGCCUCAGUCUUGCCGGCGUGUACCUAUUGCCGCCGGCUUCAAUUAGCGACAUCCUGUCAUUCACCGGGCCUCAUCAUCCGUUGUCUCAUCAAACCCGCGGCUUCGACUUUCAAUACCUCCGACACAACUUCACUUCGGCUUCCUUCUUUCUCCACCCUACCUUGUUGCACGCAGGUCAACUGUCUUCUACGGCGCUUGAUCCUAUCAUUGACCCGAGUCCGCAGUCUCCAUAUCUCUACCUCUUUCACCGCACUGCUGGCGCUGGCGGCGGAAGCACCAACGGCGGCAACGGUACGGCCUGGCACCUUGGCCACUCUCCUCAUCCUUACACAGGGCAAUCCAGAUCCCACCAGCCUACCUAUCCCCAAGAACCGGUCGCAAAGAAGCCGAAACCUUUGUUCCACUCCAAUACCAUUUCAAACCACGCCUUUAUCCGCCCUGCCUUCACGCCCACUUACGCUACAUAG